ACUUCCCCACUCCAAUGUAGCUAUCGUCACCGACUGUGACCACUCCCUGCAUCACAGUCCACUCUUAUUUAUCCAUAACCGUCCGUCACCCAAUCACACACAGUCACAUUCACAUGGCGCCAUUCAACACUCUACUCCUGCUCCUCCUCCUUAUCCACCUUACCACGGCGGCGCGCGCCAUCGGAAUCAACUACGGUACGGUGGCCGACAACCUCCCUCCGCCGUCCACGGUGGCCGCCUUCAUCCGCCACCACACCACCAUCGACAUGGUCAAGAUCUUCGAUUCCAACACCGAUAUAAUCAAAGCUUUCGCCUACACCAACAUUUCCCUCACAAUAACCGUCCCAAACGACGGCGUUCUGGCCCUCGCGAAGCCCUCCGCAGCCGCGCCAUGGCUCGCCGCCAACGUCCUCCGCCACCUCCCCGCCACCAAAAUUCGCCGCAUCGUCGUCGGAAACGAAAUCCUCUCCACCAGAAACAAAACCCUAAUUGCUCACCUCCUGCCGGCGAUGAAAUCCAUCCACUCUGCUCUCCAAUCCGCCGGAACCACCGCCGGAGAAAUUCAAGUCUCCACUCCACAUUCCCUCAGCAAAAUCUCCACCUCCGGCGCGCCGAGCUCCGGCCGGUUCCGUCACGGCUACGAUCGGAUCAUCUUCGCGCCGAUUCUCGAAUUCCAUCGCCAAACCAAAUCGCCGUUCAUGAUUUGCCCCUAUCCGUACUUCGGCUUCACCGGGAAAACCCUAAAUUACGCACUGUUCCAACCAAACGGCGCCGUUUUGGACGAAGGCACAAAUUUGAACUACAGCAACAUGUUCGACGCACAAAUCGACGCCGUUUACUCCGCCAUGACUCGCCUCGGCUACGGCGACGUCGACAUCGUGGUGGCGGAGACCGGCUGGCCGUCCGCCGGCGACUCCGCUCUUCAGCCGCACGCGACCUUGCAGAACGCGAGGUCCUACAACUCCAAUCUCCUCAAGCACCUCAACUCCGGCGUCGGAACGCCGCUGAUGCCUAAUCGGACCUUCGAAACCUACAUAUUCUCACUCUUCAACGAAAACCUCAAGCCGAACAUACAGGAACAGAAUUUCGGACUUUUCCGGCCGGACUUCCGCCCUGUUUACGACAUCGGCGUUCUCCGCAGUCCACAGUCCGGCGGACGGACGGCUCCAGAUGCUUCUUCGGCGGUCUCGAAUGGGGGAGAUACUGAAAAGACACGGUGCGUGCCAAAGAGUGAUGAAAUGAACGCUUCUUCUCAGCAAGCUGGUGGCGGCCGCGACUCCGAUUGUGAUUCCGGCCAAACCGCCGCCGUAGCGAUGUCAGGCGAUCGGAGUGAGUCGGUCAUCCUUGGUGCGUCGUCGUUAUUAUUCGUAGUCUUCCUUCGGCAACUGUUGCUAAUACUGAGUAUGCAUCUUUUGGAUACAUUGAUUGCUUGAGAGGUUUUAUAUUUUUCCAAAAAAAAAUACUGCAGUUAAUUUGAAGGGAUAAUACCACUUUAUUUAUUUUUAUUUUAUA